AUGCAGUUAGGAGAGCAGCUCCUAGUGAGCUCCGUGAACCUGCCGGGCGCGCAUUUCUACUCGCUGGAGAGUGCUCGAGGAGGCGGAGGAGGGGGAGGUGGCGGGAGCGUCAGCCUCCUCCCCGGUGCUGCUCCCUCGCCCCAGAGGCUGGACUUAGACAAAGCGUCCAAGAAGUUUCCAGGCAAUCUCCCGUGCCAGCCGGGGAGCACAGAACCCGCAGGCGCCGGCGCGGGGGCUCCCGCGGCGAUGCUCAGUGACGCAGACGCCGGGGACACCUUUGGCAGCGCCUCAGCAGUGGCCAAGCCGGGGCCCCCGGACGGCCGCAAGGGCUCUCCGUGCGCUGAGGAGGAGCUGCCCUCCGCCGCCACCGCCGCGGCCACCGCGCGCUACUCCAUGGACAGCCUGAGCUCCGAGCGCUACUACCUCCCUUCGCCGGGACCGCAGGGCUCCGAGCUCGCCGCGCCCUGCUCGCUCUUCCAGUACCAGGCGGCGGCCGGAGCGGCCCACGGAUCAGUGUACCCCGCGUCCAAUGGCGCGCGCUACCCCUACGGCUCCAUGCUGCCCCCCGGUGGAUUCCCCGCCACCGUGUGCCCGCCCGCGAGGGCUCAGUUCGGCCCCGCAGCGGGCUCGGGGAGUGGCGCCAGCGGCGGCGGCGGCGGGGCCGGCGGUCCUGGAGCCUAUCCCUACGGCCAGGGCUCUCCACUCUACGGGCCGUACGCCGGAGCCGCUGCGGCCGGGUCCUGUGGCGGAUUGGGAGGCCUCGGGGUGCCCGGCUCCGGCUUCCGCGCCCACGUCUACCUGUGCAACCGGCCCCUGUGGCUCAAAUUUCACCGUCACCAAACUGAGAUGAUCAUCACCAAACAGGGCAGGCGCAUGUUUCCUUUCUUGAGCUUCAACAUAAACGGACUCAAUCCCACCGCCCACUACAACGUGUUCGUGGAGGUGGUUCUGGCCGAUCCUAACCACUGGCGCUUCCAGGGGGGCAAGUGGGUGACCUGCGGCAAAGCCGACAAUAACAUGCAGGGCAACAAAAUGUACGUUCACCCAGAAUCUCCUAAUACUGGUUCCCACUGGAUGAGGCAGGAAAUUUCCUUUGGGAAGUUAAAACUCACCAAUAACAAAGGCGCCAACAACAACAACACACAGAUGAUAGUCCUGCAGUCUUUGCACAAGUACCAGCCUCGACUGCACAUUGUGGAAGUAACAGAAGAUGGUGUGGAGGACUUGAAUGAGCCUUCCAAGACCCAGACCUUCACCUUCUCAGAGACACAGUUCAUCGCGGUGACUGCCUACCAGAACACCGACAUUACUCAGCUAAAGAUCGACCAUAACCCCUUUGCCAAAGGCUUCCGGGACAACUAUGAUUCCAUGUACACCGCUUCAGAAAAUGACAGGUUAACUCCAUCUCCUACGGAUUCUCCUAGAUCCCACCAGAUUGUCCCUGGAGGGCGGUACGGCGUUCAAAACUUCUUCCCGGAGCCCUUUGUCAACACUUUACCUCAAGCCCGAUAUUAUAACGGUGAGAGAACCGUGCCACAGACCAACGGCCUCCUUUCACCCCAACAGAGCGAAGAGGUGACCAACCCUCCCCAGCGGUGGCUUGUCACGCCUGUCCAGCAACCCGUGACCAACAAGCUAGACAUCGGUUCCUAUGAAUCUGAAUACACUUCCAGUACCUUGCUCCCAUAUGGUAUUAAGUCCUUGCCCCUCCAGACAUCCCAUGCCCUGGGGUAUUACCCAGAUCCAACCUUCCCUGCAAUGGCAGGGUGGGGAGGUCGAGGCGCUUAUCAGAGAAAGAUGGCAGCUGGCCUACCAUGGACAUCCAGAAUGAGUCCCCCUGUGUUCCCAGAAGAUCAGCUUGCCAAGGAAAAAGUCAAAGAAGAAAUCAGUUCCUCCUGGAUAGAAACCACCCCUUCCAUCAAGUCUCUAGACUCCAACGAUUCAGGGGUGUACAGCAAUGCUUGCAAGAGAAAGCGCCUGUCUCCCAGCACCUCCAGCAAUGGAAAUUCACCCCCCAUAAAGUGUGAGGACAUUAAUGCCGAAGAGUACAGUAAAGACAACUCAAAAGGCCUGGGGGCAUAUUAUGCAUUUUACACAACUCCCUAA